AUGGAAGCUGAGUGCUGUGGUGAUGAGCAGUUUUAUUUGGUACCAAAACAUUCAGAAAGACCAGAAACUGAUGAAUCCUUGUUAUUUGUAUUGGAUCCCUGUACUUUUACGAAGAUGGAUGCGAGAAUUUUACAACGGACCUACGUGCGUCUUUGGCACGCAUGUACGAACACUUGGAUUCAUACCACUGAUCCUACUGAGAAACAAAACUUAUAUCACUUCAGCAAGAAUGAAAAAGGCUGGAUAAAAGUAGCUAGUGGAAACUUCAAAAUCGAUAAGGAAACAUUUGCGCUGCUUCCUGUCCGUCCGGAAGAAGUUCGCGAUUUGGAUUUUGCCAAUGAUGCAUGCAAAGCAUUGAACGGUUUCGUCAAACUGAUCGAAAGCGGAAAAAUCAUCUCUAAAGAACCAAUGAAAGUAACGAUACAGUUAUUAACGGAAUGCAUAUAUUUCGUGACAAACCAGUCCAAUCAUAUGACAGAUCCGAUUAAAAUUGUAGAUUUCAAGCCAUCAAGAGAUCGGCAAAAAUUACUUCGAGAGCAGGGUGUCCUUGAUCAGAUUUUUGCACUGUUACGAGUACCAUUUUUGCCACGAAAUGGGAAUGAUCCGAAACCUUUGCUGUGUUCACCACGUAAACUAAGUGAAAAGGGAAAUGAGAUUUUCAAACGAAUUUUCCACCUUUGCUACUCAUUGCUUAGGUAUUCACAGGUGGGUUACCGGAAGAAUCAAGAAUAUCUGGCAGAAAAAUUUGGUCAAAUACAGGAGCAAAUUGGAUUUGACUUGCUUGCAGAAGAAACAAUGACUGCUGUUCUCCACAAUAAUCCGAAACUGUUAGAAAAAUAUGUUAAGAAUCCACAUGUAGAACGUUUUGUGGAACUCGUACGCAACAACAAAGCCGGUAGGUUCUUGGAUUAUUUGGCGGAUCUUUGUGUUUGUCGCGGUGAAGCCAAUAAAAAGAUUCAGGAAUUGAUCUGCAGUUGUGUAUUAAACGAAUUGAAUCGCGACAUCUUUAUUAGCACGACCAUAAGCUGCGACGAAGUAUGGAUUAGUUGGUCGAAUUCCUAUUGCAAACAGUUGGUUUCUGUGGCAGUGGAUGCUGCUGAAGGCCAAACUGAAGAUAUUGAAAUACUUGAUUAUUACAAGCUUUUCAGGCACCAGUUAGAUCUUCUAGCACAAAUGUGUCAAGACCAACAAUAUCUCGCAAUUGAUCCUCCUACUGAAAGACGCCUUCUGAAUUUAAGCUUAGAAUUACCGACUAACUUGGUGCUUAGGUGUAUUUCGGACACGAGAUUACCUCAGGAUUUACGUGCUUCAUUCACACGUCUUAUGCUUCAUCUGCAUAUCAUACGUGGUUCUCCACUCAAUGCCGUACAUCAUGCUCGCUUAUGGCGUGAGAUCCCGCUACGUGCUUCAGUUUCCGAAAACUCAAAUCGAUCUUUGAAUGAUUACAUUGAUGGUGGUCACGUACGUACUGGAGGAGAGAUUUUUGAUAAGGUAUUAAAAACUGUCGAUGUGUAUCUUGAGGAAUUACGCAAAACAACACGAGAAGGUGAACCUGUCUUGGAUCCAAGCGCAUCAAAAGUGAAGCAAAAUCGAUUAACCUUUGAGAUCAUAACACUUGCACGAGCUUUAGCUCAUUUCGGAUUCUACAGUUUCUCGGAUUUGCUCCGUCUUGCUCAAAAUUUGCUAGUUAUUGCCGACAGCAAUCCAAAAAAACCUGAAGAGAAAAUCGCAUCUGGCAAAACUGCAAAUGCACUGCAAAAAGAAACUAAGCAAUAUCUUCCGCAUAUGCAAACAGAAUCUGCAUGUAUCGAAAAUACAUUUAAUGCUAAAGAAAGUAAACAAAUGGUUUUGCAAACGAAACUUAUAAUCGUUGAAAUUUUAAACUUCAUUAUGGAUGUACGUCGAGAUUAUCGUAUAACAGUUGCUCUAUCUUGGUUUAAAAAACAUUUUCCAUGCGACGAGCUCGGAGAACUUCUUUCCAAAACAGAAUUGUCAGAACACGAAGCAUCACAACUAUAUAAAGAGGUAUUUCAAGAUUGUGAAGAGAAGCUUGAUUUUGAUGGUAGGAAUGGUCAGCUUCUUCUACGAAUAUUUCUGCAAAUGACAAUAAGUGACUUUUCAAAGCUAACUAGUGCAGCUCUUACUGUACUGUUUCGUCAUUUCACACAGUAUCAAGAUUUUGUAGAAGAUCUCAAGCAGGUCCAGUUGCUAGUCUCGAAUGACGAUGUGGAAAAUUAUCGACAGAUUGAUCGCGAUUUGUUCAUUUUGAAAAUUCUUACGGAAAAAAGCGAGCUAUGGGUGCAAGCUGAUAAAACGCAGUCUGAAAGUAGUAGUAAUCACAGUUUCGAAGAACAUAGCACGAGUCUUGACGAUUCGUCAAAGCCAUCCCUUUCAGCACGAACCACCAGUCAGCAAUUGGAAGGUGGUGGUUUAAAUGCCUCUUGUGUUUUCCAUAACGAUGAAAGCUUUCGUUCACUGGUGGAAAAGAUUCAACAACAUUAUUGUUUAGCUAAAGAUGAGUGCAUUAAGUUGCUACGCGAGCUGCUUCUCGGUAAUGAUCGAGCAGAAGCAGCUUCAGCCUUAUAUGAAUUGCUUGACCGUGCACCGCUUAUAAGUUGCUCUUUAGUAAGACAGAUUCUGUAUCGUGUAAAACAACUCUGUUACAAAAAUGAUAAACCCGAUAAAAUGAAUCAGCAGCUGUUACGGAAUAUGCGUGUACAUGAAUAUGUUCUUGGAUUUCUCUCCGUUCCAUACGACGAAAAAAAUAAUACGGAAAUGCCAAAACUUGUCACACUCAGCCAUGAAUUCUUGCGAAGUUUUUGCCGCAGUAAUAUUGAGAAUCAGUUUCGUUUGUACAAGCAUAUUUCUAUCGAACAAGAUGCGAAAGAAGGAUUUUUAAGAGUGAAUACGAUGGAAGAAGUUGCAACACUGACAGCAAUUUUCAAAAACAAUCGUGUACUGUGUCAAAAUGUAUCCGAAGAGCUUGUUGCGCAUAUUGUAAGUAUGAUUGAACACAAAACUCGCAGCGCCGUAUACAUAGAAUUCUUGCAAACUGUCGUCAUGGUGCAAGAAAAAGAAAUCAAGUCGGCUCAAGAAAGAGUAGCUCAAGAGAUCUGUUCGUCUUCUGAUGAUGUACGAGUAUAUUAUGCAGACAGUGCAAGUUUCGAGCAGUUGAAGCAACUAAUGCAAAAUACAGGUCCAGAGGAGCUAAAUUCCGAUCAUCCACUACGUUAUCACAUCGACCUGGUACGGCUUCUCGCUUUCUGCACGCGUGGAAGAAACAGCAUGACGGAACUAAAGUGCGCUUCCCAGCUUUCUAUGGAUCAUAUCGUGCGCGUUGUAACGUCACCUUAUUGUUUAAUAGAGGUGAAAGAUGUGUACCUGCAAUUCAUGUUGCACUGUUAUAUAGAUGCGGAUGCGGAAAUGAAAGACGUUGAUAACGUUGAUUUCAUUGAAAGAAUUCUGAAAAAUAUUCUUAGUGAUAUAGAGAUGUAUGUCAACAGUUUACUGCAGCUGAAGAUGGCGAAGCCUGCUUUGUUGCCUAAUUCAGCACUUGAGAAAUACGUUUGUCAGACUGUUACUGCAGUAUUAAUUAAACUAUUCGAAAGACCUUCAGCUCAUCAGUUAAUAUUGGAAAUUUCGCAACACCGUCAUUCUUUUUCCAAAAUAAUUCAAAGGCUUCGUCAGUUGCAAGAAGAAUUAGAAAAUAAAAGUUUUAUUAAAAAUUGGUAUUAUGUUGCAGAAUGUGUUAAACGACUUAGUAGACGUGCUGAAGAAAAUGGAAUUAUAUUACCAGUUAAUGGUAGCAUGUCACCACUAUCUACUGAAACAACUGUUAAACAACGUUGGCAGUCAGCUUUUAAUUCAGCUCGUUUUAUCAAUCAAGCAAAUAAGCGGACCAAAGCUCGUUUGUACGUACCACAUUACGUACAAGUUAUCGAAGGUUUUAGUGAUGUUGUUUCAUGCUAUCAGGCGAUGACUGUUGAAUUUAAGAAGUUUGCGCUGCCACUGCAAGCAGCCGAAACAUCAGUGCUUGUGGACGUCUUGCAUGCUCCCGAAAGAUUAUUUUCUCCUGGUUCUGAUUUAUAUCAGGAAUGCGAAAAUGGCGGAGUCAUUACGAAGUUGAUACAGCAUUGCAAAUCACUUUUACAACAUGGGCAGGAAGCUCUGUGUGUACGAGUGUUGCAGACACUUUGUCGGAUGGCUUCCGACAAUAAAUACAAAUUUAUCAAUCAGGCAAGGGAAGUGCGAAUUCGUUUGCUCAAGCGAUAUUUUGGUGCUGAUGUCCUGUGUAGCGCGGAUAGACAAACUACAAAACUAGAAAACAACGAGUGCGAAUUUGGAAAUGAAUUAAAACCAAUUAAGGAACUAUCAUUAUAUGAUGUGCAAUGUAAAUUGGACAAUGCUGGUGCUAUCGACUUAAUAAUUGAUUUGAUUAUGGGAGAACCGAAUCAUGAAGUUUUCUUAAUGAUAAUCCAGCUUUCAAAGGCACUUCUUCACGAAGGAAAUUAUGAGGUGCAGAUGUCAUUUUAUACUCGAUUAAAAGAACAGAAUUUGUCGGAGGCGUUUUUCAACGCUCUCAAGACGAAAUUGCAAGUUGCACAAAAUAGGCUGAAAAGUGAUAUGAUGGCUUGCAACGAUUCACGUCAACGACACUCAUCAGUGAUGAAUUCUCCACUCCCAGAAGAAUCAACAUGCAGUCCGAAAGAACUGAAGUUAAUUAAUUCGAUCGAAUUAACUGCUUCAUUAUCAGCUAUUCCAGAUGGUUAUCUUCCUGGAUUGUUUAAUCCCGAUGUCAACUUAAAUUUUUGGGAUGAUAAAAAGAUGCUCCUUCCUCAAGAAAUUGCCCUUAUUGAACCAAUUUUGCGUUUUCUGCAACUGCUAUGUGAAAAUCAUAAUUUGGUGUUGCAAAAUUUCUUGCGGUAUCAAGGCAGUCGUCAGAAUUGUAAUUUGGUUGACGAAAUACUUAUGUUCCUUGACGUUAUUUGCGGUAGCACUAAAGGAUGCCUAGGUGUAUUUCGUGAAAUAAACGAACACAAUUUCUCACUGAUUACUCAGACACUGGUCACACUGACGGAAUUUUGUCAGGGUCCUUGUCAUGAAAAUCAAAAUACAGUUGGUAAUCAUGAAUCUGGACUUAAUAUGAUAAUAUCUUUGGUGCUGAAUGAAAUCGAACCACUUUGUUUAACCCAUAUGGAUUUAGCACUUGAAAUAAAGAGCGCUGCAUCGAAGCUAUUAUUGGCUGUCAUGGAAUCACGUCGUGAUGCCGAUAAUGCAGAACGUGUGCUCAUGAUUAUGAAUCAUAUGGCCAAUGGAGCGAAACAGUUGAUUCAAGCAAUCAAAAUGGCAUAUGAGAUGUCGGAAUUGAAGGAGUUUGCAAUGUCAAAAGCAAGGAAGAGUCUUGAAACAAAUUGUUCAUUGAUAAAAUCGAAGCCUAUAAUAAAUGUGCCAGAUAUUGCUAUUCAUGAUAAUAUCAUUGCAUCGUAUUCAUCUUCCCAUAUAACUCUUGUCGAUCCGCAAGAGGUCGGACAUAAUAUCUUCAUUCUUGCUACGCAGCUUUCGCGAUUCAAUGAAACACUUCGAGAGGCUUUAGAUCCUGAAAAUAAUAAAGAUGAAAUGACUUCGAAGGCUUUGCGGUAUUACAAACAGUAUACUGCACAAAUUGAGAUAGUUCGCAGUGAUCGUAAAAUGGAACGAGUAAUAUUCCCAAUACAUUCUAUAUGUGAAUAUCUUACACCAGAAUCAAAGCUAAACAUUUUGCUGGAAACCGAACAAGAUGCUCAAGGAUCUAAGGUAACAGAAUUUUUCGGCCAGUGGACGGAACUUUUCGAGGAGAUGAAGUGGCAAAAAAAACUUCAAGAUCGAAAGUACUUCAGUAAUUGUACAAAACGACUGAUACUAUGGGCCAGGAUAUCAUUCUUUUUUGCUAUUUUGACCAAUUCAGUCAUUGCAAUAUUUUAUCCCUUUUCAGGAAAUAGUAGACAAGAAUUAAUAUCUCUGAGUAAUCCAUUUCUGUAUGUAUUUCCUAUGGUAUCGUUGUUGUUUUUGCGAACGCAAUGGAGUGAAAAAGCUUCGCUCGGAAGAACUAAUGACAUUUAUUGGGCGUUUGCUGCAAUCAUGUCAAGUUUUACGAUUCUAUGUAUUGCGUUAACUGGGGUAGUGAUAACGUUACGUAUUAUUGGUUUGCUUCAGUUGAUUAAUAAAGGAGUCCAUGUAGUAAGCUAUGUAGGCAAUCGUGGUUUAAUUGAUAAAACAUGGCCUGAACGACUUCAAGACAAGAGCAUCUGCUAUCAUCUGGCAUAUUUAUUAAUAUGUAUUGGAGGUCUCUUUGUGCAUCCGUUCUUUUAUGCUUUACUUCUAUUUGAUAUUGUAGCAAGUGAGGAAACCUUGCGAAAUGUGAUUCGAUCUGUAACGCGGAAUUGGCGAUCAAUUAUAAUGACUGGUUUAUUGGCUGUCAUACUUGUUUAUCUCUUUUCAAUCAUUGGAUAUUUGUAUUUUCAAAAAGAUUUUCAGUUGGAAAUUGAUGAACUAGACAGCGAUGAAAAAGAUAAUACUGUAUGCGAAAAUCUUCCAUCCACGAAGUGUACUCUUUCGUAUCCCUUCAUUUCCAAGCAGUACAUCAACGAAAACAAGUGUUUCGAAAUGGAAAACUCGCAAAGUAAUCAGCCCAUUGACAGUAAAGGUAAAUUAAAAGUAUGGUCAUGCCAAACCUUGCGCAUGUGUAUUCUAACAACGUUAAAUUGGGGUCUUCGAAAUGGAGGUGGUAUUGGCGAUGUGCUUCGAGAUGUCGCACCGCAUGAGGAAUCGUUUUUAUCUCGGAUCGUUUAUGAUUUGACAUUCUUUAUCGUAAUCAUUGUUAUCGUGCUCAAUCUGGUAUUUGGUGUGAUCAUCGAUACAUUUGGUGACUUGAGAGCUGAAAGAAAUGAAAAAGUUGAUCAACUGAAAAAUAAUUGUUUCAUUUGUGGUCUUGGAAGAGGAAGAUUUGACAAUAAAAUUGUAACUUUCGAAGAGCACCGAAAAAAUGAACAUAAUCUUUAUCAUUAUCUAUAUUUUAUUGUGUGGUUACAAGUAAAGGAUGAGAUGGAAUUUACCGGUCCUGAAAGUUAUGUCGCAAAUUGUAUUAAGGAGCAUAAAAGUGACUGGUUUCCUCGAAUGCAAGCAAUGUCGUUGGCUGAGGAUAAUCAAGAAGCGGAACAAACCGAUGAAAUUACCGAAAUUCAUGACUCAUUGAAUAAAUUACUGGAUAUUAUGAAAGAACAAGGACGACAACUUGAAGAGCUGAAACAAGUGAUAGAUGUUUUAUGA